AGGCAAGCUGGCAGCUUUGCUUUCUAGCUGCAUUGUGUCUGCUGCUAGAAAAGGGAGUUUGAGUGGGGAGCAGCAUGGCAGAACAAGAAGCCAGUGGCUUGCAAGUCCUUCUCUCCACCCUCCAGAGCUCCCGUGACAAGGACGUCAUCCGGAACAUUCUUGACGUUCUCACUGACCUGCUCUCUCUGGGGACCGACCGGAGAAUCCACUACUUGAUCAGCAAAGGGGGCAGCGAGGCCCUGCUGCAGGCCCUGGCCACCGCCGCCCGCGCCGAGCCGCCCGACGACACCGCCCUGCUCGCCCUGCUUCGGCUGCUGGCCAGGGUGGGCCGCAGAGAUAAGAAGUUUGGGCUGAAAGUGCAGAGAUCGGAGGCGACGGAUGUAAUACUGAGCUUGGCAAGAAAAAGCCUCGGCCACCACUUGAAGCUCACCCACUGCCUCUGGGUGCUGCGGGUUUGUGCGUCCAGUGUUACUGCAGGAACUGCGCUUGGCAUCAAUGGAGCCAUGGAGCUGCUUUUCAAAGUUAUCACUCCCUACAGCAAGAGACACGUCAGGACAGUCAGGGCAGCCAUUGAGGCUCUGGCAGCUUUGCUGAAAUCAAAGUCUAACAGCCGACGGGCAGUGAACAGAGGCUACCUGUGCGGGUUGCUGAGACUCUAUCAAGACUGGCAUCACAAUGAUGUCUCCAACAACUAUGUGCAUAUUCGUAGGGGUCUCCUAAUCUGCCUGAAACACAUCACCAACAUCCAGCUGGGCAGGGAGACUUUCCUUGAUUCCUGUGGUAUGGAGAUUCUUUUCACAAGUGUGCAGGACUGUUUAUCUUGCAAGAAUUUGGAUCCUAUUGUAACAACUGUGACUCAGAUUCUGAGAAAGUGCUACCCCAAGGAGCCUGUGCCAACAGUAAGAAGUUCCUAUUCCUUCUCUCUUCCUGGGAACGUUAGGACUGAACCUCCAUGUAUGGUACCUGAAGGUGAUUAUGAAAGUGAUGGAGAGGAAGAAGUGGAAAAAGACCUGGAUAAUGAUGAUGAUGAGACUAAGGAGGAAGAUGAUGACUUGGAGACAGAUGUGAACAGACUGAGGUCAAGGCCAGUGCUUGACCGGCCAGAGGAGGAGCUUAAGCAAUAUGAAGCAAUGUGUCCAGAACUUUCCCAUAAUUUUCAGGAUCUCGAAUCAGAGUCUGAAGACGAGAAGAGCUCAGAGAUCAACACUGAGAAUCUUCCAUCUACUCCCUCUUGUUUCAUUCGAAGUGCUAUUUCUGUGAAACAUCAAAACAUAUGGAGAAACCCAAGUGUCACAGUGACAGUACCAGAUCCAAGGGAAGAGGAUUUAAAAGUCCCACUGCAGAGCCAGGCAAAGAAGGAGAAAUGCAGAUGGGCUCAGAUAACUGAAAAGAGAGACACAGUAGAGGCAGUCCAAGACUCAGACUCCGUUGAAGAGGAAGAUUUGGCCAGGAGUCACAUGCUUGCUUUGCGUCCUCUCCCAGAAGAGGCUGCUUGGUACACAGAAAUGUUUAACACUGAAUGUGAGGCCUCAAUCAAUCCUGGAGGGAGACUGAAGACCUCAGAUAUAGUGAGAAAUCUUUUGAAGAAGCACCAAGGGAAUAUGCCGUUCCACAGCCCUUGCUUCUACGUAGCUAGGGCUGAACGUGUCAAGUCCAUACCAGACUACAAAUUCUUGGCAUUCCCUGAUUUCUGGGGUCACCAGCCACCUCCUUAUGGCAAGCCCAUGUUGGAGCAGAAGUAUGGAGUUCAAAGGGACAGAGUACUGGAUGAUGUUCGCCGUUUAAUCCAGCCAGGUGAUGUGAUAGGCAGAACCGUUUUUGAUUUGGAUGAGCCCAGUCACUCAAGACCGGGUGCUCCAGACUGCCUCACAUUCUUCUCCAAGUUUGAAUCAGGAAACCUUCGCAAAGCCAUCCAAGUGCGUGAGUUUGAGUAUGACUUAAUUUUGAAUGCAGACGUGAACAGCAGCCAGCAUCACCAGUGGUUCUACUUUGAAGUCCGUGACAUGAAAUUAGCAGUUCCCUAUCGCUUCAACAUUAUCAAUUGUGAGAAGUUCAAUAGCCAGUUUAAUUAUGGCAUGCAGCUGGUCAUGUAUUCAGUGAAAGAAGCUCUCCAGGGCAGGCCUUGCUGGCUUCGGGUGGGCUAUGAUAUCAGCUACUACAAAAACCACUAUCGCAGCUAUGUAGCUACAGCAGGAGGCAUGAAGAGAAAAUCCUACUACACGCUCGCCUUCAGCAUCACGUUUCCUCAUAAAGAUGACGUCUGCUACCUGGCCUACCAUUACCCCUACACCUACUCCACAAUGAUGUCCCAUCUUGACAUUCUGGAACAAAAUAGGAACCCUAAGAAGGUUUACUGGAGGCAGCAGACGCUCUGCCAGACGCUAGGAGGGAAUCUAUGCCCAUUGCUCACAAUUACUGCCAUGCCAGAAUCUAAAAAAAGAGAUGACUUGGAGCAAUUCUACAGCCGACCUUAUGUGUUUCUAAUGGCCCGUGUUCACCCUGGUGAAAGUAAUGCCAGCUGGGUAAUGAAGGGGACCCUAGAGUUCCUUGUAAGCAGUGAUCCCAUUGCUGAUCUCCUGAGGAAAUGUUUCAUUUUCAAGAUUGUCCCCAUGCUCAAUCCAGAUGGAGUCAUCAAUGGCAACCUCCGUUGUUCCUUGAGUGGGGAUGACCUGAAUAGACAGUGGUUGACUCCCAGUUCCCAGCUCCAUCCAACCAUUUACCACACCAAAGGUCUCCUGUACUACUUGCGCAGCAUUGGCCGGACUCCUCUGGUAUUCUGUGACUACCAUGGCCACUCUCAGAAGAAGAAUGUAUUUCUGUAUGGCUGCAGCAUCAAGGAGACCUUGUGGCAGGCAGGCUGCAUGGUUGACACAGCAGUUAUCACAGAAGAUGUUGGCUAUAGGACCCUUCCUAAAAUCCUGGAUAAAGUGGCCCCAGCAUUUGUCAUGAACAGCUGCAGCUUCCUGGUAGAGAAGUCCCGGGAGUCAACAGCCCGGGUGGUGGCAUGGCAGGAAAUGGGUGUACUGAGGAGCUACACCAUGGAGAGCACGUACUGCGGCUGCAACCACGGUCUCUACAAAGGUCUGCAGCUGGGAACGCAGGAGCUGGAGGAGAUGGGAAGCAAGUUUUGCCUUGGUCUGCUCAUCCUGCAUCUCAAAUCCUUGCCCUGCAGCAAGAAAGUGAUGGCGCAGGCAGCACUCCUGCUGGAUCUGGAGGAGGAGAUAACAGACCUCCGGGCACGCAGAAGCAGCAGCAACAGCAGCCUGGAGACUGAUGAUGAACCUCCUUGUGUGGAAGAAAUAGAUUAUAAUACUGACAGCUGCUCUGAUGGCGAAGGGGACUUCUCAGAGCUAGACAAAGAGAUCCAGGAGUGCCUGUCGCAGGUGGAAGGGGAGAUGGAGGAUGAGGGGGCAACCACGGGGCAGACAUGCAGCUCCAAGGUUCGCAGAGGGCUCUGUACUUCCAGCCAGCCAGCAGCCAAUAAUACGCCUCUCCCUCUGCGUUCAGUACCGCUCGGGAUGUGCAAUGGGUUUGAGAGCAGCCCUGCAUGAAGAGGGCUUUGACUUGCCGAGCAAUAAGCAAAUGUGUUAGUGUUCAUGCUUGUCUGUUUGCCAGCUUCAGCAUCCUCCCCAGAUGUGUUGCUCCAGUUCUGCAUGGAAAAUUGACUGUAUGUUUGUGUAAUUUAUAUACAUAUAUAUAGAGAGAAGGACUCCUUAUCCUUUGUAUACAAGGUGGAGUGAGGGGCUGCUGACCCAGACGGUUCUAUGUGAGGACAUCAGCCAUUCCUAAACACAAUCCCCAGUUCAGUGACUGUCUGUAGUUUAUUAGUAUAUGGCUUCAUAUACAUUGUCCUGAGGAAUGGUCUUCUGAGUGUCCAAGAAACAAGAGACGAUGACCCUCAUCCCAAUUUAGGCUUUUACUGUGGGCAGCAGCCUUUGUCCACAAAUCCUGGAAGAAUGGCAGUUUCUGAGGCCUUUGGUCAGAGCUCUCUGUUACCAUUCAUUUGUCUUGAGCUGUAGAGCAUGUGUCUGCUUACUGUCUGCUCAGAAUUUUGACAAUGUCUUCGACAGGCUUUGGAUCAUGCUGUGCAUGCUUCUGAGCUGGUGAUAUCUCAGCAACAGUCUGAGAAAUCCGCCAUGCCCCACUAAGGAGUGCACCAGUGACAGUGCAAAGCAGUUCCUUACCUGCAGAAAAUCAGUGCUGGGCUGACUACAGUCAGGAAGUACUGCUGGCCACCUGAUGGAGAUCUGGUCCAGUAAUUUGUCCCCUGUAUGUCAAGAUGUCCGUCCACUUCCUUCUAAGACACUCAGAAAAGACAUUGAGCUUUCUCUGGAAAGUGGCUCCAUGGAGAACUGCUGAAGCGUUUUUCUGACAUUGUAGGGACCUGGCCCCACUUCAUUUUAUUCUGAGGAUCCUCUGUUGUCAUUGUAAAAUGUCGUAUUUACACAUCUCUCUGGAAGCCUGAGCUAAAUUCACCUCUUUGCUGCACUGAAAUGAACUAGUCCAGCACAAUCUUAGUUGAGGCUCUUCAUGCUUGAACUGAUUGGGCCCAAGUACAGAGUUUGCAUCACAGAGUGUGUGAAGUGAUACUUUCUCUAUGGGAUAUGCUUCCAGCAGGAUGUGCUAAGAGAGUACAAAUAUAGCAGUUCAUCCUGGUGAACUAGAGCUAAUAUUUAAAGCUUUUAUUGGGAGUGAGAGGGGCUUGGGGCCUUUCUGGGAGAAAACAUGUUCUCUCAAGGUAGCCAGAAGUCCUCCAAUAUUCCAGCAAUGGGUUAGUGAUGGUGACAAUAUCCAAGAGUGAAUUUAGCCCAAAUAUCACCCCAAUGACAGGUUAUUCUUUGUUAGUUUUAUCAUGAUACCAUUGAAGUAAACAAGACCUGGUUACAGGACCCCAUUUAUGCCAGAUAGCAAUGUAGUAGAAGAGAUUACUGGUAGGGUAUGUAUAGAACACUUUCUACCAGUGACUCCCAGAAGUGGGUCAGAACAGCUUCUCUUUUGAUCCCCAAAUGCAAAAAAAUAGCUUUUUCCUAAAAUCACCUGCAAACACAGAUCCUGAUUCUAUAAAAUGAUCUGUUAUGGAUAACAGGUAACAUAGCAGUAUCUUUGCAAUCCGAACUCCGCCAGCGUUACAGUUCACUGUGCUUUCACAUGCCUUCAGUUUUACACAGAUGGCCAAAGCAGUGGAGAUGUCGCUUUUUGAACUUCAACACUGACAGAGAACUCAACCAUGCCUCUGAGGUCCCUGAAGCAUGAAGCCCGCGUCACCAUGUCUCGCUUCUCGUGUUGCCUGAACUUCUUGUGUGUCCUGUGCUACUGCAAGUGGGGAAUUACCUUACCCAGAUGGAUUUAACUGCAUUACACAAGAGUCUCACAACUCUGUCACUGCUUUCUUUAUGAGGAGGAGGAGGGACAUACAGCGUGUGAUAGAGUCGCAACCUAUACGGGCUUCAUUGUCAGUGGUUAUUAUUAUCAUUACUUAUAUAUGUGGCUAAAAGUGCCAUGUGAUCCUGUCAUCUGUAUGCUGUCUGUGGAGAGAAUUCCUGGUAAAGACUGAGGUUUCUUCUGAUACAUGGCCAAACACCUUUCUCCCAGACUACCUAAACAUAGUUUCCCAGCAGGAGCUUGCUUUUGGGAGGAAGAGUUUCUUCCUGUCAGUAUCCAGGUGCUUAAAAGUCUUAGCCAGCACACAACAGCUCUUUGUGUCUCCAGUUCUCGCUUUAUAACGCUGCUCAAAAGACAGGCAGCUUGGGCCCUUAUAAACUGAGCUUCUUAGACUGAGCUAAUUCGUUAAGUAUGGUGUGUGUUCUCUGUACAGAUGUCCUGUUCUGCUGGCUUUGGUGUGGAGCUUGUUGCACGUAAUACUGAAUUUUCAUAAAAGGAUGGCUCACAGGAAUGGACACAGAAGAAGUAAAACAGGUGUUCCCAUUAUGAUAGUUUGUGUAACAUUGCUUGAAAGCUUAUUAAUAAAAAACGAUAUAUGUGCAUAGUUAACUUCAAAAUCCAGCAUUUGUAUGCAUGACAAAACACUCUCACUCUGCUAGACCCUGUCUGCAGCAUGCACAGGCCAUUCCGUAGGAUCUUCUGGAUUCAGCACAGCCCCAGGACGUGGUGCAGAAAAUACUGCUGUACAUGUGUGUAAGUGUAGAUGUGCAUGUACACAUACAGAGCCCUGUGCUUUCCACCCUCUCUGCAUUGAGUACCAGCGCCCUGCCAGAGCAAUAGCGGAAUGAUGCCCACCAAGGCUUGCUGAUGUACAUCUUCCUAUCAGAAAGGAAAAUAAAUCUUCUUAAAUCAGCUUUUUUCUUAAUGAGACACCUAUAAUUUGACUAAAUACUAUGGACCAGUUUCAGCCUUUUAGCUCUUCUAUUUUGAAGUUCUUACACUAUGGAGAAUUCAGUUUGAUGGAUGAAUUCUGCCCUAGUUGUAAUUUAUUGAAUUACAGACUGCGAGAGUGUUGCCCUAGUAAAUGUGGGAAAUGUAGACUCCAUGCAGGUGUGGAGCCAAAUGCUUAGGGAUAGUAGCCACUGUUGCUCACAUCCCUGUGUUAGGAGAUGCAGGAGGUAGAGAGAGAGCUGGCAAAGGCACUUGGUGUGCUGUCAACGUCCAGGAUUGGACCACAGAGGACAAGCUGGGACCAAAGUGUCCCUGCAUAGCAACUACUCCUGCACAAAUGUUGCCGUGCAAUAUGGAAAGACUGGUUGAGGCUUCUCCCCGGCACCUUCCGUGAUAUCUGCCAGACAUUGUCAGCAAGCAGUGAGGAAGUUGUUGGAGGUGACAGCAAGGCGAACCCACCACCCCAAGGUAAGCAGCCUGUUACUGAUAAGGUGGGGGGUGAGAAAGUGUAGUGAGAGGGUUGGGCGAUCAACCAGCAGGGAGU